AUGGGUUGUAGGUUUACCGUUAAGCAUUCAGUGAUAUUGUAUCUCAAGAGGCGUAUGAGAGUUCGAUGUUCGAGUCGGUGCUUUUCGACGGCACGCUCAUUACGCGGAUACGAUGAUACUGUACACAACCUCAAGAUUGGAAAACACACCCGCGUAAUCUACCAAGGUUUUACAGGACGUGUAGCAACCACCAAUGCAAGGGACAGCUUGGCAUAUGGUACCAACAUUGUUGGUGGUGUCACGCCUGGCAAAGAGGGCGAGCAUCUUGGUCUUCCUCUACUGCCCGAUCUUCGAAAGGCGAAAGAGCAACUGAGGCCCGAUGCGACAGCCGUUUUCGUUGCUGCACCGCAGUGUGCAAAGGCAAUUGAGGACGCUAUUGAGGCGGAGAUCCCUCUAAUUGUAGCCGUGGCCGAACAUAUUCCACUGCAUGACAUUCUAAGGGUCAGUAGCAUUCUCAAGACACAAUCCAAAUCACGUCUUGUUGGAGCAAACGCCCCGGGGAUCAUUGCUCCGAUCGGGUUCUGUCGAAUUGGCUUUCAGCCGCUUCCGACGUUUGCUCCAGGGCAUAUUGGAAUCGUCGCCAAAUCAGGUACGCUCUCAUAUGAGGCGGUCGCGUCCGUAACACGAGCUGGCCUCGGUCAAAGUUUGUGCAUCGGAAUGGGCGGCGACAUUGUUGCGGGCACCAAUCUCGUCGAUGCUCUCAGAGUAUUCGAGAAAGACGACGAGACCGAGGGCAUCAUCCUGAUCGGUGAAGUUGGUGGUCGGGCAGAGGAGGAUGCAGCGGAGUGGAUCAAAGACUAUCGAAGGCGCGUCUCAAAUCCCAAGCCAAUCGCCGCGCUGGUGGGAGGAAAGGAGGCUAAAGUGGGUCGAAUUAUGGGUCAUGCUGGAGCCUGGGCCGCACGGGGAGAAGCAACCGCAGAGGAGAAAUACAAGUAUCUCGAGAAUGCAGGUGCUGUCAUGGUGGACCAUCCCGAAAAGUUCGGUGGCGUUAUGAAGACAUUGCUUAAGCAGUCUGGACGACAUGUUGACAAGUUCCAAGCCAACGCAAGCCAGCAGACCCGCGGGUUUCACACCCUCAGAAGAUUCAACAGCCAUAUGCGUAUCCCUCAUUUGACGAAUGGACCGACUUCAAAUCAGCAGAGAAGGACACUUUUCUUGAGACCGGAUGUUGCGAGCUCACUACUGAAUGAAGAGAUUAGCCAGAUCAAGGGCCUCAAAGUCGUCGAUGGCGAGUCGCCUGACAACGGACAUUAUCUCGGCAUCAUCGUUGAUCGUACUGAACGCUCACCAUGUAUUGUAGCUGCUCCGACUUCACAGCAGGCUUUGAUCGACAAGCGUGUCAAGCGCUUUCCAUACGACUGGUCGCAUGGGCCCCCAGAUGCUUUGAUUGCGCAAGCUAUCGAUCACAUGCAACUCACAUCUGCGCCUUUGACAGCCAAAAGCCAAGCGACCAAGCUGAUUGCUAAUCUCGCCAAGAUGUAUAAGGAGAAAGAAGCCAUCAUUCUGUCUGGUUGCGUCAGCGUCGAUGACUCCGGAAACCUCAAUUUUCAUUCCUCUAGUUUGACACUAAUGGUCGAUGAUUCAGCAUUUCGAAGCGCAAAGCGCCAGGAGAGCAUCCACGCGCUUCGCGAGAAGACCCAGGAGAACCAGUCAGAAGUCGACGCCGAACAGGACGGAAUCGUCUACGUCGAGCUUGAUGACGCGCAAGCAAAUAUCGGGACCCUCGUGAACGGCGCUGGUCUUGCGAUGAACACGCUCGAUGCACUCCGACUUCACGGCGGUCGCGCAACGAAUUUCCUCGACACAGGCGGCAAAGCUACAUCAGCGACAGUCAAAAAGAGCUUCGAGAUCAUUCUACGUGACCCGCGCGUCAAGGUCAUUUUCGUCAACAUUUUCGGCGGCUUGACCGACGGGGGCAUGAUUGCCGAGGGGAUCCUGCUCGCGUUCAAGGAGGUAGAUAUGAAGAACGUUCCUGUGGUGGAGACCGGCCAGAAGAUCAUUGCUGAGAGUGGCCUUGGCCUCGAUGCCUUCGACAGCUUCGAAGAGGCAGCCAAGAGAGUCAUUGAGAUCGCCAACAAACACUAG